CACUGUCUUGUCUCAAUAUUCCGCAUUCCGCGUCACUGACUCACUGAGUCGACUCUCUUGUAGCACAAUGACGCUUAAUUUCUCCUAUCACCGUCAUCGCACAUGACUCUCUUCGUCGAUUUCGCUUCACUUUCUGUAAGGAGAUUGGACUCCAAUUCCUCCUUCUUUUAUCAGCAUCAACAAAUAUUCGUAUAGCAUAGAGUAAAACAUAUCAGCUAAGAAAAAAGCCAUGUAAUCAAUUCAAGGAGAUGUGAUCUGCUGAUCUUCGUUUCUCCAAAGUUGUGUUUUCGGGAAGUCUUUCUGAGACCUGAUUUCUGGAAAGAAACUUGCAAUACACAUAUUUUAGGAUUAUAGUCCUUGUAUGAUUAGGUUCAGGCAUGAGGGAUCAGGAAGGAAAAAAAAUGUAGUUGAGGUUGUCGUUUUUUGCGAUUUCCUAUUAAUUCUUUGAUGGGAAAUAGUUGAAUUUUUCUUUUGUUUGUGAGGUUCAUAACUUGUUUAUUUUUGAGCCAGCAAUGUUUUGAACCUGUAAAUUGAUAAUGGCUUGUGUGGCACUUCGUCCAGUGUGCGGAAAAUCUUAUAACACCCGCGGUGAAUUUACGGGCUGUUUCAGUCCUCAUUUGAAGGACUCAAUUUUGAUUUACCUAACUGUUGGUGAAUCUGUGAUUCCUAUGCAUAUUAUGGAGACAGAUUCAAUUGCUUCAGUGAAGCUGAGAAUUCAAACCUUCAAGGGAUUUUUUGUUAAAAACCAGAAGUUGGUUUUUGAAGGGAAGGAAUUGGCUCGUAACAGAUCUUGUGUUCGUGAUUAUGGUGUUGGUGAUGGGAAUGUUUUGCACCUGGUGCUGAGACUUUCUGAUGUCAAAGCUAUCACAGUUAGGACUAUGUGUGGAAAGGAGUUUGGCCUUUAUGUACAGAAGAGUAGGAAUGUUGGUUAUGUGAAGCAGCAGAUUGAAAAAAAAGGGCAAGGGUUCUUGGAUCUCAAGGAUCAAGAACUGGUAUGUGAGGGUGAGGCACUUGAAGACCAGAGACUUAUUGAAGAUAUCUGUAAGGACAAUGAUGCUGUAAUUCAUUUUUUGGUCAGAAUAUCAGAUGCCAAGGUAAGGACUAAACCAGUUAAGAAGGAUUUUGAAUUAUCAAUUGAGGCAUCAUAUGCACACAAUCCAGUGCCAGAUUCAUGUGCGGAGCAGUUAGGGUCAGUCUCUGUACCAAAUAAGGUCCUGGAGAAGAAGCAAUUAAGAGAUUUUCUUUUGGAACCAAUUAUAUUGAAUUCCAAUAUCAAAAUUCCACCAGUGAUCCAAGAGCUGAUUAAGAUCACUUCAGAUGGGUUAGAAAAAGGCCGUAAACCAAUUCAAUCCUCAGAGGGAUCAGGAGGAGCUUAUCUCAUGCAAGAUUCAUCUGGCUUAAAGUAUGUUUCUGUUUUCAAGCCCAUUGAUGAGGAGCCAAUGGCAAUUAAUAACCCUCGAGGCCUACCUGUUUCUGAGGAUGGUGAAGGGCUAAAGAAAGGUACAAGAGUAGGACAAGGUGCAUUCAGAGAAGUUGCAGCAUACGUUUUGGAUCAUCCUAGGAAAGGACCACGCUCGUAUCAUGACAAUGAAGAACAGGGAUUUGCUGGUGUUCCUCCUACAGUCAUGGUCAAAUGCCUGCAGAAAGGAUUUCAUAAUAUUGAAGGUUAUCAGAAUAUCUCAAGUAAUGUUAAAAUAGGUUCGCUUCAGAUGUUUAUGAGGAAUAUUGGAAGUUGUGAAGAGAUGGGCCCUAGUUCUUUUCCGGUGGAAGAGGUUCACAAGAUUUCUGUGCUAGAUAUCAGGUUGGCAAAUGCAGAUAGGCAUGCAGGGAACAUUUUGAUUGCCAAGGAUGGUGAAGAUUGUCCAACUGUCCUCAUUCCAAUUGAUCAUGGCUAUUGCUUGCCUGAGAGCUUUGAAGACUGCACUUUUGAAUGGUUAUACUGGCCACAAGCUAAGGAGCCUUACUCCCAAGACACCAUUGAUUACAUAAAAUCUCUGGAUGCUGAACGAGAUAUAAAACUUUUGAAGUUUCAUGGAUGGGACCUUCCUCCAAAAUGUGCCCAGAUCCUUCGUAUAUCAACCAUGCUUCUUCAAAAAGGUGCAGAGAGAGGACUCGCUCCUUUCGCCAUUGGAAGCAUCAUGUGUAGAGAAACGCUGAAGAAAAAAUCUGUCAUUGAGCAGAUUGUUCUGGAAGCAGAGGAAGCUGCACUUCCUGGAGCAAGUGAAACGUCAUUUCUUGAUCUCGUUUCAGUGAUCAUGGAUAUUCAUUUAGAUGAGCUAUUUCCCUGACUGCAUAUAUAUACAUAGUUCACAACUUACUAUUACUAUUUUGCUAAUAUGUGACAAAGUGAUCGUGCUUCUUUUGUCUUCGAAGAGGAUCCCUCGGACUCGUUUAGUAGACCGUGGUUAAACUUCUGGCUGACCACCAAUCAAGCAUUUGAUGCUUGCUUUGCAUUGUCGACUUCUCUUAUAUAUAUAUAUAAUAUCUGGUAACUUGGAAAUAUAUUGGAAUAUUGACCAGGAAUGUUUAUGGAGGUCCUGUGCAAUAUUAUCCAUCUGUGAUGUUCUUUAGUGAAUAUAAAACUGCUUAAAUAAGGUUGUACUUAUGAUAGAAAAAAGGGAAAAUAUUCUCCCAUGUUUUAUUCAUGUUGUUUAUCUUUUAAA